GAGAAGGAGAGGGGAGGAGGAGGAGGAGGGAGGCGGUGGCGGCGCCGUGGCGGAGGAGCAGGAGCAGGAGGGGAUGGAGAGGAGGCGGCUCGUGGGUGGAAUGGCGCUCCUGCUCCUCCAGGCGCUGCCCAGCCCCCUGUCAGCCAGGGCUGAACCCCCGCAGGAGAAGGAAGCCUGUGUGGGUACCAACAAUCAAAGCUACAUCUGUGACACAGGACACUGCUGUGGACAGUCUCAGUGCUGCAACUACUACUAUGAACUCUGGUGGUUCUGGCUGGUGUGGACCAUCUUCAUCCUCCUGAGCUGCUGCUGUGUCUGCCACCACCGCCGAGCCAAGCACCGCCUGCAGGCCCAGCAGCGGCAACAUGAGAUCAACCUGAUUGCCUACCGGGAAGCCCACAACCACUCGGCACUGCCAUUUUAUUUCAGGUUUUUGCCAAACUAUUUACUACCUCCUUAUGAGGAAGUGGUGAACCGACCUCCAACUCCUCCCCCACCAUACAGUGCCUUCCAGCUUCAGCAGCCACUGCCACAGCAGCAGCUGCUUCCACAGUGCAGCCCUGCAGGUGGCAAUCCCACCAGCACUGAUCCUACCCGGGGUCCCCCAGGGGCUUCGAACAGCCCCCUGUCUGGGCCCAGCAGAAGCAGCACAAGACCCCCGAGCAUUGCUGACCCUGAGCCCUCUGACAUGCCAGCCGACCACGUGGCCACCAAAGCCUGUGGAAUGGAGCCCAGUGAUUCGGUGGCCGGUCUGGGGGAGCUGGACCCUGAGGCCUUCCUGGACAAGGAUUCGGAAAGUAAGGAGGAGCUGCUGAGAGAGUACGACUCUGAGCAUGGUAGUGCACCCCCAGACAGCAAAGACAAGACACCGGGCAGACACCGCCGUUUCACCGGGGACUCAGGCAUCGAGGUGUGUGUGUGUAACCGGGGCCACCAUGACGAUGACCUCAAAGAGUUCAGCACACUCAUCGAUGAUGCCUUGGAUGGGCCUCUGGACUUCUGUGACAGCUGUCACGUCCAACCCCCUGGCGACGUGGAGGAAGGGCUCUGCCAGCCCUCUGAGGAACAGGCUCGAGAGCCUGGGCAUUCUCCUCUACUCCGGCCACCUGCAUGCCUGCUGCUGAACACCAUCAAUGAGCAGGACUCUCCAAACUCCCAGAGCAGUGGCUCCCCCAGCUAGAGCGGCCACUGCCUGCGCCCAGGAACUCGGCAAAGCAAUCAGGGUUGGCGAGAACCACAAGAGAAGCAUUAAGGACUUUUGGAGAAAGUGCUACAGCCACUUUGGUGUUUUUUCUUUCUUUUCUUCUCUUUGCAUUUUUCUACAUUUCCAGGUACGGUUUGGGGUGUGGAUGCCUCUCCCCACAGAAGCACAGUGCUGUGCAGAGCUGAGGAGUAGGUGUGUGACUCCUUCCUCUCACUUGCCCCACCACCUUCUGUCCCCUUUCCGAGUCCUAGCUCACCUCCCCUUUGGGUCAGAGAAAUGUGUUUUCAGAGCCCCCAGGGAAGGGAGCUGGGACUGUGCCCUGCAGUGGGCCUCGCUGAUGGAAUGGAUUUAUGCUCCAGUUUUACUUUAAGAGAACUUUGCUGUGUCUGGGGCCAGGAGAAGCAGCCUGUCUUGGCCCUGGAUUAGGGAAGCCCACAGAUGGCUGGGAUUGUCACCAGUGACUGGCAGCGUCUGCAGAGCUGGGAUCCGAUCCUUUUUGGGGAGCAAGAGAACCGGACAGCGGUUGUGAGGCAGGCAGCUGAAGACAAGGAGCCUACCAGUGGGCAGACGAAAAUUACCUCCUGGAAGAAGGAAGUUUGUGGCUAUUUCCCAAGGCGGCUUUGAAAGGCUGUGGCGGCACCGGAGCCAGCCACGGGUAUUUUGUGCCAAGGCUUGGCUGGGCCAGGGGCCAUUUCUGGAAGCCAUCUCCAGGAGCCCUGUGAGCACACGGCCCUGACCAUGGUGGUAGGUGGGCGUGCGGCUCCAACAUCUCUGCGCUUGGCCUGUGCCUACCUCACAGCGUGGGGUCAGCAGCCUAGUGUCUCCUUGCUUCUGGAAAGAGGGGCCUCAGAAGCUGUGGGGCCUGAGAAAGAGCGACCCAUCUCACACAGUGUUCUCUUCAUGAUUCUGAAUUGCUUUUGUUUGUUUGUGUUUGUUUUAACUGACCACUUAAGGGAACUAGCUUGGUUAUCUGUGGUUUCCAUGUCCUGUCCCUGACCCCCAUUUGGCAUGGGCUGAUGCUUUUUUCUGUAGCCUCUGUCAGGAGUCUGAGUGGCCAGGUUCAGAGGGUGAAGACCACAGCGUUCCUCUUCCUGCUGUUGGGCUCCAGGUGCCCAGAUGGACUUUGAAAGGAAGGCUGAGGGAGACACAAACGGCCAAAACUAACAUUCCCUGCGCAGCCAUGUUCCUACAAAGAGUUUGGUUUCCCCCCCCACUCUUGAACAAUGAUAUUUAGUCUAAGCAUAGAUGUAAUGGCAAGAAAGGAAAAAAAUAUAUAUACAUACAUAUAUAUAUGCAUAUACAUAUAUGUACAUGAAAAGCAGACAGAUCCAAGGUUGUGAGGUGAGCAAGCAUCCAUGUUUGGAUUCCACAAAACCAAAAUCCACAUCGAACAAAGUGAAGUCUGUAUGCAGUGACUUUCCAGGUGAUCUGUGUGUGUCUGUCCAUUGUGUGUGAGCCCCAAGCCCUGUGUUCCUGUGAAGAUACUUUGAACAGCAGCCAUUCUGCUCACAUUAGCCACACGUCGGGAGCAAACCUGACCCUCUCAAGGUAAUUUAUUUUAUGCAUUUACUGUUUACCGAACAAACGUCUGACUGUGUACUCGGGGUAUCCAGCAGCAUUGUCAACGGCAGCCCCCCAUGUUUGCCUGAGACGCUGUGCUUGGGGUAGAGGUUGUACUCUGCCCACCACUGCAAUUUGCACAAUUGGCUUCAUGUACCCUCGGAGGCCUGUGUUCUGUUCCCUGUACAAGGAAACAUGCUGAGCCUGUCUGCCUCCCUCAGCUGCUCCUGGCCCUUGGUCUCAGCGCCUGGGAGGUGUCCAGAACCACUUGGCAUGGGAGGCCACAGAGAUGUUGCAGAGAGAACCUUGAUGGGAUCUCCAGUGAUGAACUUCACCUAGUGGUGACCCUGCUUGGGGCUGGCAGGAGACCUUGGUGGGUGCCAUGGUGCGCAGUACCACGGGGCUUCCCUUCCUUCACUGAACCCUGGCAGGUGCAGGCCAGCUGCCACGUGGCCUGAGCGGCUGGAGCGCAGGCGCAGCCCUCAGAGAUGCCUUUCCUACUGUCCUUUUUGUUUAAUCCCAAACAACUCACUGAAGUGUCUGAAAGGAGAACAAGUUGCACCAAAAUGAAUCCUGCUUCAGUUAACUGAUCAAAUGAAAGAAUUCUGGCCCUCGCAAGUGUCUUCCCCCAAAGCAGAGAGGGGAUCUGGUUCCACAUGUUGACUGUUGGGAGUCACUGCAGCGCCCUGCCCUAAAGGCAAGAGAAGAUGUGGCCCGCAGAGAUGGGCUUGGUCCUCAGUCACAGCCCGGCUCCGUCCUGCCAAGGGAGAGGGAUGGGCAGGGGCCUGGGAGGUGUGACCAAGGCCCGCUUUCCAGGUGGAGGACGAGGAAGGGAUUGGUAGAGAGUUUGGUGCUACAGUGGGGAGGUUUGUAAACGCUAACAUUCCUGUGCAAGGCCCAGUGCCAUUUGUCAGUUGUGAAUAUGUGUAUUUUAAGCAAUAAGAUUCAGCUGGUCCGACUGUUCUGGGCAGUCUCGGUGACGCAUUUCCUGUGCUGUGAUUGUUCUGAAGACAGAGUGGCUCUAACCACUGUGAGAAGCCCAAAUAAAAAUCAGUCCCCCAAAAGUG